AUGCAAACUCCCUCCACUACUACUUCUACCACUGAUCUGGGUACCAGUGCUACUUCUUUUUUAGAAGCUGAUGAAGAUCAAGAUGAAGAGUCCAUUUUUCUUUCUCUUGGUCCUCCUGGACAGGGUGUCCCCAAACAGUACCACCUCAUCUAUCACCAGUCUUCUUCCUCAACCCAACCUCUUCCUCAUAAUCAUCAUCACCAUCACCAUCACCAUCACCAUCAUCAUCAAGAUCAAAACCCUAAUACUGAUCAUCUUGAGGAUGGUGCUGUCACAGUAGCUCUUCAUAUUGGGCCACCAAGUAGUGGUAGUACAAUUAGUUCAUCAAUUGGAAACCCUAACCACAACCACAUUGGUGCUCCUAUAGAAGGCCAGUACUGGAUUCCCUCCCCUGCACAAAUCCUUGUUGGCCCCACCCAGUUCUCCUGCCCUGUCUGCAGCAAAACAUUCAACAGAUACAACAACAUGCAGAUGCAUAUGUGGGGGCAUGGAUCACAAUAUAGGAAGGGGCCAGAAUCCUUAAGAGGGACAAAGCCAGCUUCAUCAGUGCUGAGACUUCCAUGCUACUGCUGCGCAGAGGGGUGCAAGAACAACAUAGAGCACCCAAGGUCAAGGCCACUCAAAGACUUCAGGACACUGCAGACACAUUACAAAAGAAAACAUGGGUCAAAGCCAUUUGGGUGCCGCAAAUGUGGGAAGCCAUUUGCGGUGAGAGGAGAUUGGAGGACUCACGAGAAGAACUGCGGGAAGCUCUGGUUUUGCAUUUGUGGGUCUGAUUUCAAGCACAAGAGGUCGCUCAAAGACCAUGUUCGUGCAUUUGGGGAUGGCCACGCACCCUAUGGUGUUGAGUUGUGUACUGAGCCUGAAGAAGAAGAUCAUCUGGAUGAUGAAGAUGACGAUGAUGAUUAAAUAACUCUGCUUUAUUUGUUUAAGGGUAAUUAAUUAGUAAGUACACUUGGAGUUCGAUUGUUAGCUAACUAGCUAGCUAGCUGUAAUUAAUUAAUUAGAUUUAGUUAGUAGCGGUGAGAUUCUGUCUCUGUCUCUUCUCUUAUGUGUGUGUGAGAGACAGUGAGAGAGUGAGGGAGUGAGAAGAUGAAGACAAACAGUACAAUGAAAAGCCAAAGUUCUAUGCAUUUAAUGUUGGAAGUGGC